UCCACUGAAACCAUCUCAGCAUUUCCAUACCACUUACGCUCUUCUUCUCCUCCGGCACACUCCAAACUUACUCUUGUCUGAAGAAAUCUCUGACGUGAAGUUCGACUAUUAGCAUCCGUUAUUGUUUGCUACGUAACCUAAGAUCUUGCUAGCAUUUAGAUCUCUGAUGCUCGAUUCAUUCUUGUGAGCAUGGACAAGGAGCUGUUUAUGAACACAGAGCUUCAUCCACCGCCGGAGAUAGCGAUGCAUUUCGAACAACCGUCCUCUUCAUCCCCGAUGCUUGACUGGCCGUUAAUGGAUCCAAAUCUAGCUCCACAUUCGCCGCCGCAAGAUUGCUUCUCGUGGGAAAAGUCAACGGAACAACAGCAACAACAAAAACAGAGCAUCUUCGACUCUGCUCUGAGCUCUCUAGUCUCCUCUCCGACGCCGUCGAACUCAAACUUCUCCGGCGGAGGAGGAGGUGAAGGCUUCAUUAUCAGAGAACUCAUCGGAAAACUCGGAAACAGCUCCGCGACUCCGAUGAGUUCUCCACCGCCGAUGAUCAACAGAACGACGCCGUUCACACGUGUCGCCAGCACACCAGCUCUUAACGGCCUUGUUUCUCCGACGGUUCCCGCCGGAGAGUUUUCUCGGAAGAGAAAAUCUGUGUCGAAAGCUAAAUCCAAGGAGAACCCACUUCCCACUGCUUCUCCAUCACCAAGUUUCUCAAAGACGGCGGAAGAAAAAGGAGGGAAAAGGAGAAGAGAAGACGAAGAAGAUAACACAACAAAAGCACCUGAGCCUCCUAAAGACUACAUCCAUGUUCGUGCUCGACGAGGCCAAGCCACUGACAGUCACAGUCUCGCUGAAAGAGUUCGGAGGGAGAAGAUUGGUGAAAGGAUGAAGCUGCUUGAAGGCCUUGUCCCUGGCUGCAAUAAGGUUACUGGAAAGGCAUUGAUGCUGGAUGAAAUUAUAAACUAUGUACAAUCAUUGCAAAGACAAGUUGAGUUCUUGUCAAUGAAGUUAUCAUCAGUGAACGACACCAGGCUGGAGUUUAACGUGGAUGCUCUUGUGUCAAAGGAUGUUAUGAUUCCAUCAAGCAGCAACCGGUUGCAUGAAGCAGGACUCCAAGCAGAGUCUUUAAGUCAUCAUAGUUACAAUAAUAAUUCACAAUUGCACACUAAUGUUUCUUCCAGUAACAUGAUGCUUCAAUCUCCUGUGAACUCACUGGAAACCUCUACCUUAGCCAGUAGCUUCACCCACUUACCAACACUUACCCAAUUUACUGACUCAGUAUCUCAGUAUCAAAUGUUUAGCCAAGAAGAUUUACUGAGCAUUGUAGGGAUGGGAGUGGCACAUGAUCCAACCAUGUAUCUCAAAACAUGAAAAUUGAGCUUUGAUCAACCACAUAUAUUUUUCAAGGUCUCAAGCAAGGGAAUAAGAAAAAAGAUUGAGGGGUGUACAUAACCACGCCAGUCUCUGUGAUUUAUUCCUAUACUCAUUACUAUACAUAUACACAUUUAUGACAGUAACCUAUUUAUGUCAUUUUACAAUUCAUUAUUAGGGUUCAAUUGUAUCGUUAUCUUUGGAUUCCUUUUGCUUGUAUGAUGUUAUAUCAUUGUAGGUUCAUAACC